GGUGUAGAGAAUAUCCAGGUGUGGCUACAAUUCCACAUCUGGUGGGCUGCCAUGUAUCAUGGGCAAACUACUGGCAAAGGGCCCUCUCAUUGCAUGCAGAUUUACCAGCAACCUCCAAGGCUUCUCAUCGUGCACAUCACUCUCCCAUCCUGGGCUGACAUCUGUUCCAACCUCUGUGAGGCUCUGUAGAACUUCUUCUCACUGGCCUGCAGCUUGGUAGGCCCCAGCCGCAUGUCCCUCUUCAGCUUAUACAUGGUACAAAAUCAGCAUGAGUGCAUCCUCCCCUUUGUGCAAGUGAAAGGGAACUUUGCGAGGCUGCAGGCCUGCAUCUCAGAACUCCGCUUAUUGCAAAGAGAAGGUUGUUUCAGACCACAAGGCAUUUCUCUGCAGCUGGCAGUAGAGGAUGGGCUCCAGCAGCUCAAACAGUACAGCAGACACGUGACCACAGGUGCAGCUCUGACCUACACUUCCCUGGAGAUUACUGUUCUGACUUCACAGCCUGGAAAAGAGGUGGUCAAACAAUUGGAGGAAGGACUGAAAGAUACAGACCUAGUCAGGGUCAGGAGGCUUCAGGUGGUUGAGAUCACAAAGGGAGUCCUUGGCUGUAUGGACUCAGCAUCCCCUGUUGAAGAGCCCAGCAGCGAUGAGAAUUCUGUCUUGGGAACUGACAUUGACCUUCAGACUGUAGACAACGAUGUUGUCAGCAUGGAGAUGUUCUUCAAAGCCUGGCUACAUAACAGUGGAACAGACCAAGAACACGUCCACCUUCUUCUUCCUUCACGGUGUCUCAGCAACAUUUCCAGAGCCAGAGAUAAUCCAAUGUGCCUGAAAUGUGAUCUCCAAGAGCGACUUCUCAGCCCGUCCCUGCUCCCUGGCACAGCUGGCGGCUCCCUGCGAAUGGAUGACCCAAAAGGAGACUUCAGCACACUCUACCAGAUGGCUUCCCAGUUGUCAGCGUCUCGUUACAAGCUCCGGGUGAUCAAGGCUCUGAAAUCCAGUGGGGUCUGCGAAUCACUGACAUACGGACUCCCAUUCAUCCUCAGACCCACCAGCUGUUGGCAGCUGGACUGGGAUGAGCUGGAGACAAACCAGCAGCAUUUCCAUGCUCUGUGUCACAGCCUGCUGGUGAGUACCCAUGUCACCAGGUGA